AUGCUUCGAAUACUCAGCUCGCUCGUCCUCCUAGGUGCCCUUGCAUACGCCUGUCAGCGAGACUGGGACGCCCUCCACCGCCGCAUGCACCAACACCGCGCACACAAUCGCCAUGCCAAACGCGCCGAAGUUGAAUACCCGCCCACUUUAACGGAAACCGAAUCCAUACUCGUCAAUUCCUUCGACAAUAAAUCCAUAUCUGAUUGGUCGUACUACUACACGCAUGGCGACCACCUGGGCUCGCACAACAAAACCAUGGCGGAAUGGACGGCGCAGAAAUGGAGAGAUGCGGGAUUUGACGCCUGGCUUGAGGAAUUCCCGAUCUGGGUCACGUAUCCUGAGCAUAGUAGCUUAACGCUGUAUAGACCGGAUGGAACGACACAUGAGGCCAACCUUGUGGAAGAAGUGUUGAGCGAGGACGACACGAGUUCAUAUCCAAACGUGAUUCCGGCAUUUCACGCAAUGAGUGCGAGUGGAAAUGUCACGGCGGAAUAUGUUUAUGUGGGGCGAGGAACUAGGGCGGAUUUUCAGGUGCUGAAAGAUGCUGGAAUAGAACUCGAGGGCAAAAUCGCGAUGGCAAACUACGGCGCCAUCUAUCGAGGAACGAAAGUCAAGAACGCGCAAGAUAACGGCAUGGCGGGGUGUAUUAUUUUCACGGAUCCGCUCGAUGACGGGGAGGUCACUGAGGAGAAUGGAUAUGAUGCUUACCCAGACGGACCCGCAAGGAACCCAUCUUCCAUUCAACGCGGCAGUGUCCGCUUCUCGUCCCUCUACUCCGGCGACCCAACAACCGUAGGCUGGGCUUCCUCAUGGGACUCACCGCGCGGCAACGUCUCUGUGUACAAUCCCUCCAUCCCCUCCAUUCCGCUCAGCAUGAAAGACGCAUUACCCCUCCUCUCCGCACUCGAAGGUAACGGUGUCUCCGCAAAGGAAGCAAAUCGCAGUGGCUGGACGGGCGCCUUUAGCAACAUGACUUAUGAUAGCGGACCAACAUCAGGAGCGGUUGUGCACAUGAACCAUCUAAUGAAGGGGUGGAUAGCGCCCGUGUGGGAUGUUAUCGGCGUGAUUAAUGGAACGAGCCCGGACGAGGUUGUGGUGGUGGGUAAUCAUCGCGAUGCGUGGGUUAUUGGGGGAGCGGCGGAUCCGAAUUCGGGGUCUGCCAUUUUGAUUGAGCUAGCGGGCGCGUUUGGGAAGUUGCUGCAGAAGGGAUGGAAGCCGAAACGGACUAUUGUCCUUGGCUCUUGGGACGCCGAAGAAUUUGGACUCCAAGGCUCCACCGAGUGGGUGGAAUCGCAUCUCCCGUGGCUCACAUCGACCGCGGUCGCGUACCUCAACAUCGAUAUCGGGGUUUCUGGGCCGCGCACUGCGUUUUCCGGGUCUGGCGAGAUUCAAACAUUCGUCAUCGAGCAGAUGAAGAAGAUACUGUUCCCUGAGGGCUGGGGUGACUUCCCGACGCUGUAUGAUAUGUGGUAUAAUGUUACGGAGGGAGAGGUUAGUCCGCUGGGGAGUGGAAGCGAUUAUGCGAGUUUUUAUCAGAAUGGGAUUGGCUGUAUCGAUAUCGGUAGCGACGGCGGAGAAACCGAUCCUAUCUACCACUACCACUCGAAUUACGACUCGUACAACUGGAUGUCCAAGUUCGGCGACCCUGGUUUCCGUCUGCACGCCGCAAUGGGGCAGUUCCUCUCCCUCAUCCUGUACCACAUCGCCGACGACCCACUCAUUCCCUGGGACAUGCCACACGCAGCUUCCGUCCUAGAAUCCUACCUCUCCGAGCUCAACGACACAGUCGCGGAGUCUGAUUUCCCUGACCUAGAUCUCACCCCCCUCGCCUCCGCCAUCUCAAAUUUCACCGCGCAGGCCGAGCACGUCGCACAAGUUGCUGAGCAAGCUCUUGCAUUCAACGAUACGGUUAUGCUGGGCGUAGUGAACUCCAAAUACCGCGACUUUUCGCGAGGGUUUGCGUCGGCGGGUGGGCUGCCGGGGAGAGAGACGUUUAGGAAUGUGAUUAGUGCGCCGGGGAUUGAUAAUGGGUAUGGAGCGGAUGUGUUUCCUGCGGUGACGGAUAGUAUUAAUGCUGGAAAUGAGGGGCCGGCGGGAGAGUGGGUGGAGAAGAGUGCGAGGGCAGUGUUGAGGGCGGCGGAGAUUUUGAAGGUGGGGAGUUAG